AUGGCCCCCCGCUGCUUCAUCAUUCGCCACGGCGAAACCGAAUGGUCGCUGAACGGCCGGCACACGGGGAUGACGGACCUCGCCCUGACAGAAAACGGCGAGAAGCGAAUCAAGUCUACAGGGAAGGCACUUGUCGGGAACGACCGACUAAUUGCGCCCAAGAAGCUGGUCCAUGUAUACGUCUCCCCGCGCUCCCGCGCCCAACGAACACUCGAGCUCCUCGAUAUUGGAUGCCGAGAGCGGCUCCCCUGGACGGAGAAGCGGAAGCCUGAGGACGAGGAGCCGAUUCGGACGGAGGCCCACGUGGAGGUUACAGAGGCGGUUCGCGAGUGGGACUAUGGCGACUACGAGGGGUUGACGAGUAAGCAAAUUCGAGAGCAGAGGGCGGAGCGUGGAGAGCAGCCUUGGGAUAUUUGGCGCGAUGGGUGCCCCGGUGGAGAAUCGCCUGAUGAUGUGAUUAAGCGAUUGGAUGCAUUGAUUGCGGAUAUUCGAGAAAAGUAUCACAACCCGUGUUUCGAGUCAGGCGAGUCAGGUAAGGGGGACGUUCUUGUCGUCGCGCAUGGUCACAUUCUUCGUGCCUUUGCGAUGCGCUGGACUGGACGACCUUUGACAGAGACGGCGCUGAUACUUGAGGCUGGAGGUGUGGGCACAUUGAGCUAUGAGCACCAUAAUAUCGAAGAACCGGCGAUCAUUCUUGGUGGAGGAUUUGUUGUAGAAAACUAA